AUGAUCAAUGAUUUAGAAGAACAUAAAAAUUAUAAUGUAGAAAUAUCCGUUGAUUCCACAUCAGGGACUCAAGAAGAAAAUUCUGAAGAAAAAAAUGGCAAUGUGUGUGUAGUAGAAAACACGGAAGAUGUUUUUUAUGACAUCUCCGAAGAAACGGAGCACUCAUCGGAGCAAAGGAACCACGAAAAAAACGAAUUAAACAAUUUUUAUGAUUUAACUGAAGUAAAAGGGAAAAAAGAAGAAGUUAUAUGCAUAAGUUCAAAUUCGACAAAUGUUGUUCAAAGCGAAAGUUCAGCUUCUUCAGAAGGAAACGGAAAUGAAGAAAAAGAAAAUUUAGAACAUAGGGAUGAUCAAAUUGUGCCCAUAGAAGUAGAACCAAAGCAUAAUUGCAAUAUUGAAAACUACGGUGAUGUGUGUAAUACGAGUGGAACAAGCAGAAAUGAGAACAGUGCCCCCAAUGGACGAGCUACCAAUGGGAAUAACACUCGAGGUGGCAGCCAUGACGAAGAUAAUAAUGACAGAAAUUACAAUAAAGAGGAAAAAACUACGUACGUGUUAUGCAACAUUUGCGCUGAUAUUAUGGAAAAAUCCAUCUUUCAGGAUCAUUUAUAUGCACAUACGCUAGAAUUUCCAGAAAAAAAUGAACAAAGUUGUGCUGCAUAUGAAAAGCAAAAGAACCCAAAUAAUGGCCUAUUCGACACAAGAAAUAACAGUUUCUAUACUAAUUUCAACUCAGACAGAAACAAACAAAACAGAUGUGCACUAAAACGUGCCUUCAAUGACACCAAUUGUACUUUUAACAACUCUGAAAUUAUUUUAACUGAUAAUAAUGACCAUCAUGUCGAGGAAGAUAAUAGAAUUUUCGACAUGAUUUAUAAUUACAAUUCCAAUCUUGACCGUUUUAGAGACAACCCAGCAGUUAUCAAUAGAAGGAACAGUAACAGCCUACUUUGCAUUUCCGAAAAGAAGAACAACAUGGUAGAUAACAGAAAUAACCUAUGCAACAGAGGUGUAAGUGCGCAAAAUAUAAUAGAAAUUGUGACCCCAGGGGAAAAUAAAGUAGAAGACAUUUUAUCGGUCAGCACCAAUGUUGAGCAUGUGACAAGAAAUGGAGGAGCAGAGCGAAAUUUACCCAAUAAAUUAGAACAUAACAAAACGGCUGUUGAUAAUUACUUGUCUGCUAUGAGAGAAUCCCUUUCUGCCAUUUUUCCUGACCCCAACGCAUCACCAUUUGAAAAUAGAAGCACAAGUAACAACAUGGACAAUUAUAAAAACGAGGAACAUCAUAGCAGUAUUAUUAACGACAUACAUUCCAUGAUAAGCCAAAUACAAGAUAACGUAAAAAGGGCUUUAGAAAAGUCGAACAACAGGGUUAAUGAUAACAGUGCAAAUGAAGAUAUAAACAGUUUUGUGAAUAAAACUUUGAGUUCCAUACUCACAGAUAUAAAUGACAUAAAGGGAACAAAUAGAAGAAAUGGAAAAAAUGAUGAUUCUGUUGAUGAUGUGUUAAAUACAAAAUUGAAGAAAAUAUACCAAAGUUUAGAUCAUGUGAAUGAAAAAAUUAACUCUGAAAUGGAAAAUAAUAUAGACAUUUCAGGAAAUGAAAAUAAUGAUACCCAUGACAGGAACAACAUUGUCAACAGCAUCAGCGGGGGUAUACUUAACAGAAGCAGCAUUACUAUUGUUAAUAGCACUGAUGGAGGUAAUAACGGGAGCGAGAUGCCCAUGGGAAGUGUGAGUCACACGAGCAAUGAAAACGUUAUCCACAUGAACAGCGCCAGCAGGAACAAUGGAAACAUUAAUAUGAAUAGAAGUAACAGUUACCGAGAUGGCAACUCGAGUGAGGAAAGUACCAAUCGUGGAAGACAAAAUAAUGUUUAUACAACUGGACCAGGUGCCCAGGAAUUCAAUGGUAGAAACGGCGGAAGCACUUUUUUUCAUAAUCAAAAUGUAUUUUCACAUGAAAGUUUUUUUACAGGAAUACCAGCAGAUUCAGCACACACAUAUUUCUCCCACUCAUGUACAAAUGCGUAUAACCAAAAUAUACCUACAGAUAGUGGAAGCAUUAAUGAUAUAAAUUAUUUAUAUUCCAAUUUGGUAGACAGAUACCCAUGUAUUUGUGAAAAUUCGGGGUUUUCCCAUUUUGACAAUAACUCUAACAAUAUAUGGCCCUUAAGAAGAGUAACAAACAACAGCACCUUUAGAACUUCUAAUGACUCACCAAAUUCUAGGCUUAUUAAAGAAGCGAAUAACAUGAACAUAAAUUCUAACACGUUUGAUUAUCGGAACGAAGGCAGUAACAAUGGCCAUAAUAAUAUUUGGCCCAUAAACAAUGGAAGAAAUACGAACAAUCCAUUUCUGUUCAUGGCAAAUAGACAUAACAGAAACAUCAGGAGUGAUGUUAGAACGAAUCAAGUUGUUAACACCAUUACGAACAAUUACAGCUUCAUCAGCACUAGUAGAAAUAGCACAAGCAGUAGAAACGCGAACCAUGGCACUGGGAGAAUCUACAACGGGAAUAGCAACAUUGGAACUACAUCUAUCAUUAAUAUAAAUAAUUUCAAUUGUGUUACUACCAAUAACAAUUAUAACAACUAUAACAAUAACAGAACUGCUGCUGUGGGUGCGCCUAUUGGUCCUGUUGGCCCCCAUGUAACUGCUGCUCCUGUGGGAUUUCCCACGGUCAGUGCUGCACAUGCGGUCGUUAAUGCGGCUGUAAUGGCUGCAAGAGGAUUAGCUAGACCCCCUGGAGCGUGUGCAGGUGCAAGGACAGGAACUAUUGCAGGGGGGGGGCCCUGUGGUCAAGGCGUGGCCCCCCUUCUCGGUCCACCUACUAGUACGUGCUCGUCCAGGGUUAGCACUACAACUGUGAGAGCGAACACUGAAGCAAAUUUAGAUCCCGCUUUCACCUAUUACGUUUUGCCCCCACGAGGGGCCAGCAGGACCAACCGCAGCAAUGGGGCGAACAGUAACGUCAGCGGCGCAAACAGUAACGUGAGCGGCGCACACAACAACGACAACAUCAACAAUAGUAAUAUCACGACGAACAACACGCGCAACGUUAAUAAUGGUUCCGCGAUGACCACCUCCCUCAGUGCAAGCUCAGCUGACGAUGUCACCAUUGGUAGCGACCCACAAACACCAGCAGACAACCCGUGUGGCGCAAAUUUAAGAAGAGAACAAACGUUAACUCGAAGCAACGAAAGGACCAAUAGAAUUGUAAAUAGAACAACACGAGGAGUGGCCAAUACAUCUAGCACCACGAGAGAACAACCUGGAAGUGGAAAUAAAAAAAUAGGUACGCGCGCAAAGUUAAAGGAAAAUAAUGAUUACCUAAUUGUGCACUUUGACACAAAAAAAAACGAAAAUAAUAAUUUAAAAAUAUGUUCCAUUUGUUAUGAAAAUUACCAGCACAACGAAUCUCUUAUAUUUUUGCCUUGCACACACAAUUUUCAUAAAGCCUGUAUAAUUGAGUGGAUAAAUAAAAAGUCAACCUGUCCUAUUUGCAAAAUUAACAUUAAAAAUUUUUAA